GAUGCGUACUGAACACUUGUACUCAACUAGUCCUCGCCAUGAAAGCACACAUCACUUUUGCUGCCUUAGUUUCGGCCUUCGCUUGCCUCUCGCUUGUCGAAGGUGCCAAUCCAGUGACAGUUUCAGUAUAUUACGAGAGUCUGUGUCCUGACAGUCGUAGGUUCGUGGUUACGCAGCUGUACCCGGUAUGGCAAGACCUCAAGGAAAUCAUGUUGCUCGAUGUGAACAGCUACGGCAAAUCUAAAGACAGCCCGGCAGGUGAUGGGUACACCUUUGAGUGCCAGCAUGGCCCAGACGAAUGCGAAGGUAACAUGAUGCUAACAUGUGCCAAGAAGCACAGUUCUGAAGAACAGUACAUGUCGUUUGCUAACUGUACUAUGGAAGAACUUGUUGGUAUUGCAGCGGGACCCAGGUGUGCCGAAGUGUCAGGCGUCAAUUAUACUAGAGUUGAGGACUGUUUCAAUUCCGUGGAGGGACAGCUGCUGCAACAUGAGGUGGGCGUGAAGCAGGCAGAGCUCGACCCGCCUCUUUAUUAUGUGCCUUGGAUCCUCAUUAAUGAGGUGUUCACAGAGGAGCAACUCAACGCAGCCCAGGAAGACCUCAGGAAAGUUGUAUGCGACGCUUAUGAAGAUGUCAAGCCGGAAAAGUGUUCAGUUUAGAAGUGCUUAGUUUAUUGUUAUCGUUAUUGUUAUUGUUAUUAUCAUUACUUUUUGUGUUGUUAUUGUUGUUGUUGAUGUUAAUAUUUUCAUUCUUAUUAUAGUGAUUAUUAUUAUUAUUUUAUUGUUAUUAUUAUUAUUUAUUGCUAUUAUUAUUUGUCAUCACACACACGCACACACAAACACACACACACACACACACACACACACACACACACACACACACACACACACACACACACACGCAAACAAAAAUAAACACACGCCACAAGUAAACAAAUACAAAAAAUUGGGUCACAUACCUCGGAAAUAAAGUCUUUCCUGAAAUAAU